UGAUCUGUAGAAAUUUGUGAAGAGGUGGCUCAGCGGCAAUGAAAGAAAAAUCCUCAUAAUUGAGUGGAAUUUUUACAAGUGAGCACUCGAGAUUCUUCAUUUGAAUUUAUCUCUCACGAGGUUACAUUCAAUUAACAUGAGCUGCUUGAAACUCUCCGAUCUUCUCAGGGCAGGGAUCAGGCUUCAUUCUGGGACAAGGGCCAUCGCCUCCUUGUCCUCCCUCCCGGAGACCCACCAGAUGCUCCAGAAGACCGUAAGAGACUUCGCUGAAGGAGAACUGAAGCCAAUAGCAAAAACUCUGGACAAGGAGCACAGAUACCCAAAGGAGCAGAUUAAAAAAAUGGGUGAACUCGGUCUGAUGGCGAUAGCAAUACCAGAGUCACUAGGAGGUGCUGGUCUGGAUUAUUUGGCUUACGUGAUAGCAAUGGAGGAGAUAUCAAGGGGUUGUGCUUCCUGUGGGGUGGUAAUGAGUGUCAAUAAUUCCCUGUACCUCGGUGCAAUCAAUGGUUUCGGUACACAAGAGCAGAAGGAUAAGCACUUGAGGCCCUUCACCGAUGGCUCAAGAGUGGGAUGUUUUGCCCUGAGUGAACCAGGGAAUGGGUCUGACGCUGGGGCAGCCUCGACCACUGCCAAGCCUGAGGGUAAGGGCUACAAGAUUAACGGGACUAAAUCGUGGAUCACCAGUGGUGACGUCGCCGAGAGGAUUAUCCUCUUCGCCACGACGGACAAGUCCAAGAAGCACAAGGGGAUCAGUGCUUUCAUCGUGGAAUCCCCACAUCCGGGGCUCGAAUUUGGCAAGAGGGAGGACAAGCUGGGGAUCCGAGCGAGCCCCACAUGCUCCCUGAUCUUCGAGGACGCUGUUGUGCCCUCUGAGAACCUCCUGGGGGAGCCUGGAAUGGGUUUUAAAAUUGCCAUGAAAACACUCGAUACUGGAAGGAUUGGAAUCGCUGGACAGGCCCUGGGAAUCGCUCAGGCUUCUCUAGAAUGUGCCGUCGAGUAUGCACAGAAACGCAUGGCUUUUGGCAAUCCCAUUGUAAAAAUGCAAAAUAUACAGCAAAAAAUUGCUGACAUGGCCCUCAGGGUGGAGAGUGCAAGGCUCUUGAGUUGGAGGGCUGCGUGGCUCAGUGAUAAUCAUAAAUCUUUUUCCAAGGAGGCUGCUAUGGCUAAACUAGCUGCAUCUGAGGCUGCAACCUUCUGCUCCCAUCAGGCCAUUCAAAUACUUGGGGGAAUGGGCUAUGUCACUGAUAUGCCAGCUGAAAGACACUACAGGGACGCCAGGAUCACGGAGAUCUAUGAGGGCACAUCGGAAAUUCAGAGACUCGUUAUUGCUGGAGCUAUCGUCAAGGAGUUCGGAGUCUGAGUGGCAGGUUUUGCAAAGCCACUACCUAUUAAUUUUUUAAUUGAAAUUAUUUUAAUGUCGUCUGAUGAGGUCACGUUGCAUCUGGUAUCUCUCUUGGACUUGGAAAUAUUCCUCAGAUAUGUGGGGCUUAUAUCAACGUGAUAUUGAUUCAAUGGAAAUAAUAAGAAUUCGCUAGACAAUUCUAUUGGAAUAUUUUCUAUAGAAUUUUUUUACAAGAUAAUUGAUAAUUAUUUUUCUACCUAUAUAUUUUUAAUGAAAUUUUUUGCGGAUGACGUGUAAUAAAGUAAAUGAUGGAGGUAAAUGGAGUCAUCAAUCUGCUCUGCAAUUUAACCACUUCACUGCUGGCUUAUAAAUAUCAUCAAUCACUUCCGGAAGUGCAACGUAAUCCUACGAACUCAUUAAACUUGUACAGGGUGGCUGGAUCAAGCGGAAGACUGUACUAUUAUUUUUAAACAAAUCAAUAAACCUUUAUACGCAGUAUA